AUGGAUGAGGAGGAGGAGGACGACGAGGAAGGUGUGGACGAGGACGACAAGGACAACGAGGAAGGCGUGGACGAGGAUGACGAGGACGACGAGGAAGGCUUGGACGAGGAUGACGAGGAUGACGAGGGCGACGAGGAAGGCGUGGAUGAGGACGACGAGGAGGGAGAUGACGAGGACGACGAGGAGGCUGGUGACGAGGAAGACAAGGACGACGAGGAGUGGGGUGACGAGGAAGACGAGGCGGAGUUCUAUCUCGGUGAGUCGGCCUUGAUGGCGGAGCAGACCGCUAUCCUGGAGUCCAUCCAAGAUGAGGUGUAUGUGGAGUCCAACCGGCGCUUCCUCCGGGAAGAACAGGCGAAGACCGAUGUGCUCUUCGACGAGCUGGAUGCAGAGCAGGAGGCGGAGGCCAACGACGUCGAAGUCAGAAUGGAGAUAGUGGACAUCUCCGACGACGGGGAGUAG